UCCCUUAAACUGAUUUUAGGGUUUCUUAUUAGAAGAGCUCUCUGAGUCUGUUUCUGGGAACAGCUCCUCCAUCAAUUUCCAAUUCACCAAUGGGCAAGAAGAAAUCUAAGGACUCGCCCCAAACCGACACCGUUUCAUCCCCUUCCAGCAUUUUCACCAAGCUCUUCAGCACCGCGCCGGAACAAAGCACCGCCGCCUCUCUAUUUUCCGACGACAACCCUUUUCGGAGAAAACCCGCUCCACUUUCCGACUCAACCAACCACACUGAGAGCCCCAACAACGUUGCCCCCGUGAACCCCGAUGCCGAUGAAGAGAAGAAGCGGAAGAGGCACAAGGAGAAAGCCCCAACCCCACCCCUCGAUUCCGAUCCCGUAAUCGAAGUUUCGAAGAAAUCGGAGAAGAAGAGAAAACGCCUUUCCGAUGAAGGAAGGGAAAGAGACCCUAAUUUGGCCGCAGAAGCUAUUGGGAAGAGGAAAAGGAAAAGGGACGAAGUUGAGAAGGAGUGGGAGGAGAAGAAGUAUGGGGCAGUGGAGAAUGGCGCAAAUGAAGGGAUUGAGAAUAAAACGGUUGGGAGCAAGAGGAAGACGUUGGAUGAUCCAGCUGAUAUGAUGGUUUCAAAGGAGGGUUUUGAUGAUGAGGAUAAGCUUUUGAGGACUAUUUUUGUUGGGAAUUUGCCUCUCAAGGUGAAAAAGAAGACUCUGUUGAAAGAGUUUAAGAAGUUUGGCGAGGUUGAGUCCGUGAGGAUUCGUUCUGUCCCAAUUCAGGAUACCAAGAAACCAAGAAAAGGAGCUAUCCUUGCGAAGAAAAUAAAUGAUGCUGCUGAUAGUGUUCAUGCAUACGUUGUUUUCAAAACUGAGCAAUCGGCCCAGGCUUCUUUGUCGCACAACAUGACACUGGUUGAAGGAAAUCACAUUCGUGUUGAUAGGGCAUGCCCACCCCGCAAGAAACAUAAAGGGGAGAGUGUUCCACUUUAUGAUAAUGAGAGAACUGUUUUUGUUGGCAACCUACCAUUUGAUGUGAAGGAUGAAGAGGUGUAUCAGUUGUUUUGUGGUAUAUCCAACACAGAAUCAAAUAUAGAAGCUGUCAGAGUCAUUCGAGAUCCUCAUCUUAGUGUUGGAAAGGGUAUUGCCUAUGUUCUGUUUAAAACAAAGGAAGCUGCUAAAUUUGUUGUUAAGAAACGGAACUUGAAGCUUCGAGACCGAGAGUUGAGACUCUCUCGUGCCAAAGCAGAUGCUACCCCAUCGAAAAGGCCAAACCCAUCAUCAUCACAAGCUCCUAGUACCCCUGCAAAGAGGUUGGCUGUGGCUUCAAGGUCUCCUUCAAGCAGUAAUAACAGAUCAAACAGAAAACCCAAUACAUCUUACCAGGGUCUACGAGCAACGAAAUCUGAUGUGCACAAGAAAGUCCCUGGAGGAGAAAAACCAAAGGAACGCAAGACAAAAAGACCUACAGUAGCUGCCAGAAAGGCCAAAACAAAAUUGCUCAAGGAGAAUGGUCCACCAAAACAAGCAGGGGUAAAACGCAAGCUUGAUAGUCGUACUCCAGACAGUUCCCUACGUAGCAAAAAAACCAAAAAGAACAGGUAGCAUCUUUAGCUUUAAUCGUUGAUCAGUGGAUAUGUGCACAUGGAGAAAAAGAAUUUCCCAACAGUGACAUGGGUUUAAGGCAAUGGAAGAUGUCUUUCGACAUUGUUCAGGAACAUUUGGUGGUGAACGGUGAAGAAGGGAAUUCAGAUAUCAGUGACAGGGAAUACAGUUUACUCAUUCAAAGAUAUUUAACAUUAUCCUCUCUCCAUUUUGUUUUAAAUUUAUGUAAUUUUAGUUUAUACUAUGCUUUUAUUGGUAGGUUGUAACUUCCACAAUUAGGCCUUGCUAAGGCUUGUAGCAUUUCCUGCCUUGGAAGCAUUUGUCAAUUCUUUCGCUUAAUUAAACUUUUUUUUUUCCUUUAUAUUGUGUUCUAUACUUUAAUAUGACAGUGAAUUCAGGUGGAUUUAAUUUUAUCAUUUUAUACAUUGUGGUUUGGUAGGCAAUGAAA